AUGAAUCUCGAUUUUGAUGACUCUAAGCGUAUGCAUUAUGGAGUGACAAAACAAGAAAGGGUUAAGAUGCUCCAACGUUUCAUAAAGCGUGUGGAUGGUAAAUUGGCUUUGUGUAAGAAUGUUCCUUUGAACAGAUUCUCCAUCAAGUGUAAAGAUGACGUUGGACCUGCUCCUGUCAUUGGUUGGAUAACCAAUGUGUUGAAACGUCGUGUAUCAGAACUUGCACUAGACAUCUCUUCAUGUUGGGAUUGGCCUAUGUCUACAGCGAUUGAUGGGUGCAAUACUAUGGUUCAGGAAUUUUGGGAGUCUUGUUCUGUAUCUAGCACAAGCCUCAAGAGACUAACGUAUCUUAAAGCGAAUUUUGAUUCGCUUGUUGAAGCUCGUCUUGAUCUUCAAAUGACACAUGAUCAGAUCCAUAAGGCCAAAUUUUCAGCGGAUGAUCCAAUCCAGCAUGAGGGGUUGGUUGGUAAUGCAACUGUUUUUUUCAUUGGAAUUUGUAAUGUUAGGUCCCUUUACUUAUCUUACAACACUCUUGAGCCACUGCCGGUUUUCAACAACCUGAUUCAGCUAACCGUUAAGACUGAUCGUCUUGUGGGAUGGGAAUCAUUGACGGCUCUACUCAAGAACAGUCCAAACCUAGAAACCCUUGUCUUUGAAGGACUUCUCCACAGAUAUGAUAUGAAAUGUCAAAGCAGUGACGAGUGCCUGUGCAAACCUUGGGAGGAGGAGAACAUUCCCACUUGUCUAUCAUUAAGUCCUGUGAAGGUCUUAAAGAUAAUGAAGUUUGGAGAUAUCGAUGAAGAUGAGGACAUGGACAAAAUGAUGGAUCAAGUCGAGUACUUCCUUGAGACAAUGCCUAAUCUUGAACAACUCAUAAUUCACUACGAAACAUCAAUUGACGAAGAUGUGGAGGAAGUAUUAAGCCAAUUUCAGAUGGUUCCUAGAGAAGGUUUAACCGAGUGCAGAAUUCAAGUAAUCUCUGACAAUCUUGUCUUGUCCUCUAUUUAAAGCAUGUUCCCUUUUCAUCGGCGAAAUGGACUUCGUAUGUUGGAAGAA